CUGGACCCGCCUCGGAACGUCUCCUCCGCGAAAAAGGGGAGGAAUGGAGAUGGUCGCGAGGGCGCGCGGUCACGGAUGGAAGCAGAGACACAAGGGGAGAAAUCCUCGGAUCACCAAACCGUCCGAAUCUUCCAGAGAUUGCGCUUGUGUUGGUGUUGGUUAGAAACGAACGAAAUAAAUCCGAAUCCAGUCAUCCUGGGAUCAUCUCUUCUCUUUGCUUUCGUUUUCGUUGUGAUUUAACCAGCCAGCAGGAGCAGAGGGCGAGAGGAAGGGAAGGGGGAGGGAUGGCGCGGUCGAGCGCGGACGACAUGGAGCUGCGGAGGGCGUGCGAGGCGGCCAUCGAGGGCAAGCAGAAGGUGGUGCUGUCCAUCCGGGUGGCCAAGAGCCGCGGCGUCUGGGGCAAGGCCGGCAAGCUCGGCCGCCAUAUGGCCAAACCCAGGGUUCUCGCCAUCACCACCAAAUCGAAAGGCCAGAGGACUAAAGCUUUUCUUCGUGUUCUAAAAUAUUCCAGCGGAGGAGUUCUUGAGCCUGCAAAAAUUUACAAGCUAAAGCAUCUUUCAAAAGUGGAAGUUAUUCAAAAUGAUCCCAGUGGCUGUACUUUUAUGCUGGGCUUUGAUAAUCUUAGAAGCCAGAGUGUAGCUCCUCCUCAAUGGACAAUGCGCAACAAAGAUGACAGGAAUCGAUUACUUCUCUGCAUCUUAAAUAUGUGUAAAGAGAUAUUGGGCCGUCUUCCAAAAACUGUUGGUAUAGAUAUUGUGGAGAUGGCUCUUUGGGCAAAGGAAAACACUCCUGCAGUCACAAAUCAAGUCAGUACCCAAAAUGGACCAGCUACAUCUCUUGUGACACAGAAUGACUCACAAGUUACCGUUGAAAGAGACCUUGUUUCGCAAGCUGAAGAAGAGGAUAUGGAGGCUCUUCUUGGCAUCUAUGUUAUGGGCAUUGGGGAAGCAGAGGCAUUUUCAGAAAGGCUGAAGCGGGAACUUUUGGCUCUAGAAGCAGCAAAUGUCCAUGCCCUUCUGGAAAAUGAAUCUAUAAUAGAAGAGGUAUUACAGGGAUUAGAAACAGCAAGCAUAUGUGUGCAUGAUAUGGAUGAGUGGCUAGGUAUUUUCAACGUGAAGCUCAGACAUAUGAGAGAGGACAUUAAAUCGAUAGAAUCACGCAACAAUAAGUUGGAGUUACAUUCAGUAAAUAACAAAUUACUUAUUGAGGAACUUGAUAAGUUACUUGAACGCUUGCAAAUUCCUUCCGAGUGGGAAGCAGCUCUGACAGGAGGUUCAUUUGAUGAGGCAAACAUGAUUAAAAACAUUGAAGCAUGUGAAUGGUUAACUGAUGCUAUCCGUAAUCUUGAAGUACCAAAUUUGGAUUCAUGUUAUGCAAAAUUGCGAGCUGUGAAGGAAAAACGUGCCGAAUUUAUAUUACUAAAAUGUACAUUCGUUAGGAGAGCAUCAGAAUUUUUAAGGAAUUACUUUCCUAGUCUGGUGGAUUUAAUGAUAAACGACAAGAGCUAUUUUUCUCAGCGGGGACUGGUGAAAAGGCCUGACCAUGCAGAGCUUAGGUGCAAGUGCAGGACUUAUGCACGACUUCUACAGCAUAUAAAGAGUCUUGACAAGAAUUGUCUGGGCCCUUUGAGGAAAGCUUAUUGCCAUUCUUUUAACCUGCUACUUCGUCGAGAGGUUCGUGAGUUUGCUAAUGAACUUCGUGCAAGUACCAAGGCAUCAAGAAAUCCAAAUCUUUGGCUUGAGGGUCCCACAGCUUCAAGUCAGACAGCAAAUAAUGCAGAUACUUCAACUUCUGAAGCAUACUCAAAGAUGUUGACAGUCUUUAUUCCUCUUUUUGUAGAUGAGAGCUCUUUUUUUGUGCAUUUUAUGUGCUUUGAAGUUUCUACAUUUGCUCCACCUGAUGCUCCAAGUGUUGACAGAACUGCUUCUAAUGGUAAUUGUACAAAUGAAGAAAAUCUCAGCAAGAUGAAUGCUCAUGGAAAUGAUGUCAAACCCAGUAAUAAUCCUGCAGAGUUGGCAAUGUUAAAUGAAUGUCUACGAGAGUUGCUCGAUGGAACCCAGGAAGAUUUCUACUCAGUGGUAGAUUGGGCAUGCAAGAUUGAUCCUAUGUGCUGCAUAUCAAUGCAUGGGAUUACAGAGCGCUACCUUUCUGGUCAGAAAGCUGAUGCAGCAGGAUUUGUGCGUCUGUUACUUGAUGACCUGGAGACCAGAAUUUCGGUUCACUUCAGCAGGUUUGUGGAUGAUGCUUGUUACCAGAUUGAAAGGCAUGAACGCAAUGUACGACCAAUGGGGGUUGUACCCUAUAUUCCAAGAUUUGCUUCUCUUGCAACACGUAUGGAGCAAUACAUCCAAGGGCAAUCAAGGGAUUUGGUUGACCAGGCAUAUACAAAAAUUGUUAGCAUUAUGUUUGUGACUUUGGAGAGGAUUGCACAGACCGACCCAAAAUAUUCGGACAUUGUACUGUUAGAGAAUUAUGCAGCUUUCCAGAACAGCCUUUAUGAUUUAGCCAAUGCUGUUCCCACACUUGCAAAAUUCUAUCAUCAAGCAAGUGAAUCUUAUGAGCAAGCCUGCUUGCGCCAUAUCAAUAUGGUUAUUUAUAUUCACUUUGAAAAAUUAUUUCAGUUUGCUCGUAGAAUUGAGGAAUUGACAUUCACGAUUCCGUCAGAGGAGAUUCCUUUUCAAGUUGGAAUGUCAAAAGUGGAUCUCCGGAAAACAUUGAAAUCUAGCUUAUCAGGACUGGACAAGGCCAUCGGUGCCAUGUAUAGGAAGUUACAGAAAAAUUUGACUUCAGAAGAGUUGUUGCCUUCAUUAUGGGAUAAAUGCAAGAAUGAGUUUUUGGAUAAAUACGGAAGUUUUCUUCAGCUAGUUGCUAAAAUUUAUCCAAAUGAGACCAUUCCUACAGCGUCAGAGAUGAGAGAACUUCUGGCUUCAAUGUAGACAUAGGCGUAGAAUUUGCAUAUCAUCCUUAAGGAUUAACUAGUGAAAAAAAAUUGUAGGUACUGCCCUAUGUCUCGAAGUGCCCAUGAUGCGAGUAUAAUUUUCUCCUCGGAUGCACUUAUCAUCUCAUGUACCAAAAUGAAGGCAAGGAUUGUUGAUUAUGAUUAAGAUAAGGAUUAUUCUUUUCCUGUUUUUCCUGCUCAUUGUCGAACAUUUUGCGGGUUAAAGAAUUGCAUAAUGAUAUAUAUUUUGGAGAAUUUCAAUUUAAA